AAAAACAUCGGAGAGAGAGCCCCUGGGUGCUCAGCUGACUCAACUGUUAUUUCCUCUGGAGGGACACGCAAAACAUGGCAUCAAAUAUGGAUGUCAGUGUAUCUUUUCUAAAAUAUGAACUGGCCUCUACAAUUGAGCAAGCAGUGAGGUCUGCAGUGGACUCCGUUUUGAAAGAGACAGCAAGGGUUGUGGGGGUGAAAAUAUCUGCCGCGCGCUCCGCCGCCGCCGAGUCGCACCGAGAGAACCAAAGUUUGAGAGAAAGAUUAGAGACAUCCGAGAGUGAAUUAAAAGCUGUUCGGUACUAUAUGACGGCAGCCGAAAAGAAUAUCAAACAGUGUCUGCUUCUCAACAACCAGAACCAACAACCUCGAUCGACAGUAGUGCGACCACAGGCACAGACCGAGGAAAACCUCUACUUAUACUCAGCCAACAGCGUUGGAGGGAAUCAACUGACAACUAGAGAUCAUCCACGCUCGGUAAGGUCUUUUAGAAACGCGUCAGGAAGGACUGGUUUCUCCAGAUCACUUCCCAGCGUUGGUCUCUGCUUACCUACGCCGCAAUCUGAAUGGCCCAGGAGCACCAAUCGCCGCAGAAUGAGACCAUCAGUAGCGCUGAACCAGCAGUCGCUUUCGACCCACAGUCAGAACACUCAGCAGCCGCAGAGCGAGCCAAGUCAGAUGGUAACUGGACACGAGGAGGUAGGAGACGGACAGUUCUUCAUUUCCGACGAUGGUGUCACUAAUAAAGAGUACAGAGGCAACAUGCUGCCCACAGAAGAUGGCGGCAGGAUUCCUGCUGAGCAAGAAGCACCAGUGCAGACGGAAGAUCCGUCAUCAGACCUCAGCAAGUUUGAGUUUGAGGUGGGUGGCGCAGCUGGCAACGUGAACGAACUGGGUCUCAUUCAGGUCCUCGAGGACCACGAGGAGGUAAGAGACGGUAUGAUAAAGGUUGAAGACGAGCAUGAACGUCGGCAUGCAGACGCCUCCAGAGCCAACCCAAACGCAGACACAGCAGAAGCUUUGCCCAUGUCCCCACCCUCCUCCUCACUGACUCUGCCCCAGGUGCAAGGCUCUUCGCUGGGGCCGGGGGUGUCCGAGGCGAGCAUCCCCCUUCACAGCACCGUGCAGGCCUCCAGAGACGGCUCGGACAAGAUCUACCGCUGCAACGUGUGCGGCCGCGGCUUCAGGCGCUUCUACUGCCUGAAGACCCACCAGCGCAUUCACACGGGGGAGAGACCGUACCCGUGCCGCUACUGCGACAAGCGAUUCCGCCACCUCGACAGCCUGCACAAGCACCAGCGCAUCCACACCGGAGAGAGGCCGUACCGCUGCGCUCAGUGCGGCUGCGCCUUCAGGGAGCUGGGUCAGCUGAAGAAGCACAGGCUCACCCAUUCCCCGGCUCCGCAGGCCGUCAACGCAGGCAUGCACUCCCAGGCCCCGCACUCGCUAAUGCCCAACGCUCAUGCAUCCUACCCCUGGCCUCACUUCGGCGGGCCGUCCAUGGACUCCUAAUGUAUGUGGAACACUAAUGUAUGUGGGUUUUUUGUUUUUAAAGAGGGAGAAAAUAAUGCAAGCCUAAGCCUGACUUUCACCAGAUGAAUGCGGUUUCACCCUGUCAAGCAUAAGGAGCUGUGCGGGAACGCACAGAUUAUGGCGAGAGCCAGGUUAAAGAAAACCUUGUUGCCUGUGGCUUCACCCCCAGACUGUUUCUGCUCUUGUGCAUGGGUGUCCUUGUGGGUUAAAAAGAGGAGCUGAGCCCCAGAGCCCCAAACAUUAAUAAAAAGGCUCUAUGAGUAGUCUUGAAUGAUAUUUUAGCAGGGGGAGGCAUGUCAUCUGUUUGUGCAUAAGUCCUAGAAUUCGGUGCUAUGCCCGUGCUUUCACAAUUUCCUAUCUUGCAUCCAAAAGACCAUUUUCUUUCUACAAUGGGACCUUCUGGGAGUGUUAUAUGGAGACUUGUACAUGUAACUGAUUUUGGGAAUGCAGAGCAUAAUCACUUAUCUUGCUCAUGUCCUUGAAAUGGUAUCCAGUGUGUCGUCUUGCUUCAGGCUCAUAAAUGUGACCACCCAUUCACAUGUGAACAGACUGCAAAAAGGCCGUGGGGCAUAUUUAUUUGAUAAGAGAGUGACCAGAGAGUGCAAAUUGUAAGCUUUACAGUGAUACUUUACACUUUGAAAUCUGGUAAUAUCUGAAAAUAUGUAGAGCACACAUAUUCAUCUCAGAGACUUUCUCUUGCCCAUAGAAAAGACUGUAUUAUUCAAGUCAAAUGAGGGGGGGGGUGGCAUCAAAGUUUUUUUCAAACUCCUUCAUUGCCAAUUUCUUGAGUUUUGCUCUGAAAGCCGUUCGGCCUGUUUUGUGACUGGUCUAAACUGUGUUGUAUAUGGGAAGCCUUAGUUAAAGGCUAUCCACCUGGCAUAACGGAUUAUAAACCACCAAUAACAUGUUUCCUGUUUGUUUCGUCUCACAACAGUAAUUCUAGCUGUUAAAACAACACUGACCAGUUCUAUAUCAUUGAGAGGCUCUUGAAUGGGUAUAUUUAAUCGUUUGUAACAGCCCAGUGGGCAAGGUGCAUUAGAUAUUCUGGUCAGAGUUGUAAGUGCUUGUAUUUUAGUAGACUGCAGAGUCUGGUAAUUGUGUUACUGUGUUCUGAUAAUUAACUUAAAACAAUCAUAAGAAGAUAUUAACCAUCCUAAUCACUUGAGGUCAUUUCAUUUGUGUGCACCACAGUUAUGUUAAUAUACAUAAAGGCAAUGAUAUGAUGUGUACAAUGAAAAGAUAAUAUAAUAAUAAAUGAUAAUCAAAUUGGGAUUGAUAAAUGAAUGCUAAUCAAGACAGAAGAUCUAAUAUUCUGUCAUCACAUGAGUCUUUUAACAGUUACUGGACCUGUCACCCAAGUUUAACCAUAACCGAUCAGUUGCCUGGGAGAUUGUGAUGUCGUAGUCUAGGGUACAAUGAUAAUUCAAUGUUUUUUGUCUUGCUCAGAUUGACCUGUGCCUGUUAAAUUAUGAGAUUAAUGCUGUAAUUUCACUGUAUGAAACAAGAGUUUUAUAUGUAAAAUGCCUGUGUCUGUCUUUCCAUAUUGUGUAGGCUCACUCUUUUUCUACCCCAAGUGUCCUUGGAGCUUUAUUUGAAUGUUGAAGAGGUUGAAAAGUGUAUUGUGGUCAUUCGGACUAUAAUAUGGUAACCUGCAAGGGCCUUACAAACAAUGGAAGUUCAGGCAACACUGAUAAACAUGUACUAAUUAGCAAACUGGUGUCUAGUUAUUCAGAGGGUCUGUUGUGCCAUUCACUAUUUUCCUUACCAAGUGCAAUUAUGAGUAAAAAAAAAAACCACAUGCACUUCAAUUGACUUCAGGGUGAAAUUUAAGGAUGAUAUAGUUCCUGAUAAAAAUAUGAUAAGCAAAAACAUGAUUAAAAAAAUACAGCUCAUUGCACAUUUCAAAAUACUGUAUCAUGUACAGAUGAGAAGAUACAAUGCACAUCAGCCAACAUGUGUAUUAGCAGAAGUAAUGUAUAUAAGUCAUAUCAGCCCCAUUCCAUUCUACAACUGAAUUCAACAC